AUGCUUCUCUGCCGUCAAUCGCUGCCUGGCCUUCGAUUAUAUUCCACUGUUAAACCAACUCAAUUGAUAUCGUUUGCUUCUUCUGAUGCUUUUAAAAAGUCACUAAAUGAUAAUAAAGCUUUGAAAAGGUUAGGUUCUGCAUACAUGCAGAGCAAGCUGACGAUUGUUGAUGGCUAUUCUGAUAAUGUCGAAAUAUCAGCAGAGUUGAAUUCUCUGCGUACUCUACCUAGAUCGGUUUUGCCAAAAGAUGAAAUAUUUCAUAAAGUCAGCAAUGAUCCUUCUGUGCCAAAUUGGAGAAAACCUAUUACCAAAUGGUUUAAACUAGGUGUCUACAUUAUUAAAUACUAUAAGAAAGGUGUUCAGGCUAUAUACACAGUUCAUAAGGAAACUAGCAAAUUACGCCAUAAGGUCGAUAAAACAUCAAAUGUCCCAUUAGCAACUGAUUUAUACAAAUACAUAGAAUUGAGUGAGAUUGAAUCUCAAAAGAAUAAAGAAAGCUCUAUAGCAUCAUGCCCUAUCUCCAGGAAGCAAUUUGUCGAAUAUCAUCGUCGUCAAGAGUUUUGGAAACUACCUUCAUUUAUACUCUUAGCAUUAAUUUUCGAAGAAUUUACUGCUGUAAUCUGUUAUUUCUUUCCAAAAAUGGUGCCAUUUAAUUGUUUAAUCCCUGGUGGAUAUCAAAAGUUAUCAAAACAAAACGCUAGGGAUAUGACAAUUUCAAAUUCCAAUGAAUUCAAAUAUCAAUCUCCAUAUACAAUUUCCAAGACUGUCUUAUACGAAUUUCUAAAGGGUAGAGUGGCUGAAUCAUAUAUUUCCAAAUCAAAAAUCGCCCUCUCUAAAUUGAGCAAUAACAGAAAAAUCCCAUCUGAAGCGUUGACGUACAUAUACCAACAUAUGUUUGUUGAUGAUUGGUUAUUGCUGAAUCAUAUUUUCCAAAACACUGAAACUAAGAUAAGUUUUGAAGAAUUAGUUAAUGCCAUAAUGGAGAGAAAACUAUAUACACCGGAAGAAGACUUGAAUCAAAUGGUCAACACUGAGAUAGGAAGAAAAGUUUUGACCUGGAGAUUGUUAAUAUAUUGGUCUUAUAGAUUUGAGGGAUGUGUGUCUGUAAUUCCAGGAAAAAUGGAAGAGGGACAAUUAUUUUCCCAAAAGUGGGGCAUUAAUAACGUUUCAAUAAUCAAUCACCCUGGCACAAUCAAUAAUUCUUUGGUUACUGAAAAAGAUAUCCCAAAUAUCGAAUGUCAUUUGCCAAAAACUACCGAAAUUUAA